GGGCGAUCAUCUCUCGGAACGGUCUCGAAGCGUGGAUGCUAUUCCCGGAACGCGCGCGCGCGGAAGACUUACGUUGAAGCGACGUUGAAUCUCUCUUGUCCUGCCCAGGCCUCAAGCCGUCCGUGGGCGACUACGACAAGCGCACGCCCCUGCACCUCGCGGCGUCGAACGGCUGCCUCGACGCGGCGCGGUUCCUCGUCGACGACUGCCAGGCGGAGCUCAACGCCGCGGACCGCUGGGGCAACGGGCCCCUCGACGACGCGCUCCGCCACGAGCACGGCGCGGUCGUCAAGUACCUCGAGGCCCGCGGCGCGAGGCGGCUCCACGCGCUGCGCGCGAGCGACGCGGGCGCGCGGGGCGACGAGUGGCAGCCGCCGCGGCGCGUCGCCGUCGGCGACAGCGCGCGGCGCAAGUGCGCGAAGAUGCUCGCGAGCUGGGAGGACAACGACGUGCUCCAGCUCGAGAAGGCGUCGAACGGCCAGGCCAUGCUCCUCCUCGGCGAGGCGUUGAUCGGGUCCUUCGACGCCGUCGACAAGCCGACGCUGAACCUGUUCCUCCUGCGCAUCUCGUCGGACUACGGCGACAACCCGUACCACUCGCGCGCGCACGGCGCGGACGCGCUCCUCACGACGCACCUCCUGCUCACGAAGCAGGACCUCGCGAAGCGGUGCUCGCCGGACGAGCUGCUGGCGGCCUACGUCGGCGCCGCGGUCCACGACUACAGCCACCCGGGGUCGUCGAACGCGCACGAGGUCAAGGUCGCGUCGCCCCUCGCGCUCCGCUACAGCGACGACACGGUCCUCGAGCGCCACCACCUCGCCGCGGCCUUCAUGGUCCUGGCCGAGCCGCGCUUCGACGUUUUAGGCGGGCUCGGCAAGGACGCCAAGCCCGCGGCGCGCGCGCUCAUCAUCGAGCUCAUCCUCAUGACGGACCUGAAGCGGCACAGCGACUUCAUCGCGCGCAAGCUCAAGCCGCUGGGCCCCCGGGGCCACAAGGCCAUGCAGGGCGCCGACGAGCCCUGGGUGAGCCCGCUCAAGGGCGACGGCGUCGACGCGCGGCUCGUGCUCACCGUCGCGAUCAAGUUCGCGGACAUCGGCCACGUGCUCAAGCCCUUCGCCGUGCACAAGGCCUGGACGGAGCGCGCGACGGAGGAGUUCUGGCGCCUCGGCGACAAGGAGAAGAGCCUCGGCGUCGCCGUGUCGCCGCUCUGCGACCGCGCGAAGGACGUCGACGUCGCGCGGUCGCAGAUCGGCUUCUUCAAGUUCGUCUGCCUGCCCUUCUACAAGGUCGUCUUCGAUUUGCUGGACCCGGACAUGGCGCCGGCGCGCUUCAUGCGCGAGAACUUCUGGCGCUGGCUCCACCAGUCCCAGGAGCUCGCGGGCGACGCCGCGCGGCAGCG